UUGAUUCAUAAUUUACUGAAAGGUUUUUGUAUUUAUCGAAUUCGGGCAAAGAGAGACUGGGGUGAAAGUCCAAUAUUUAGACUAAAAAAUAAUACAGUCUCUUUUGAAACUGUAAAAAUUUCCUCAUUUUGACUGUUAUUAAAGACUCAUCUAGGAGACCAAAAACUUUCAAUUUCAUUAAAAUUCACACACAAUUAACCGCAUUAUUUUACCUAAUGAUCUAAAUAAUGUCACAAAGUCUAUUUAACAGAACGAGACGCAAAAAUCAGGCAGUCACGAAUUGUUACAACAAUGAAACACUUUUAUUUGUAUUUGUUUUCCAUUUUAUUUGGUUUAUUGCUCUAUUGUUGGUCACGCAGAAAACUAUACAAGUUCUCAACCCAAGUCCAAGGCCCCCCUACACUCCCUAUCGUCGGCAAUGGUUUAAAAUUCUUAUGCAAAAAAGAAGACGUUUUAAACGUUUUCAUCGAAUCUCUAAACCCUUAUCCAUCACCAACGAGAAUGUGGUUUGGGCCACGCUUAGUACUUUUCGUCAAAGAUCCAAACCAGUUACAGAUUAUUUUACAAUCGUCGAAACUCGCGACUAAGGCUUUUUUCUACAAGUUCCUCGAACCGUUUCUAGGCCAAGGCUUAUUUACAGCAUCAGGGCCCAAAUACAAAACUGAUAAAAAAAUACUGCAACCACUUUUCUCGCUAAAAAUGCUAACAAAUUAUUGUGCAGUCUUUCAAAAACAUGCAGAUAAGUUGGUUGAAGGGAUGGCCAAGCAUGUGGAUGGGCCCGAAUUUGAUGUUUUGGACCAUUUGAAUUUUACAGCGUUCGAAUCAUCCAUGGAUUUGUUACUCGAAGACAAAAAUAAACACUCGAUCGAUUACAAAGAUAUUCCACAAUACGUUCGAAGAUUUUACCACAUAUUUUUUAACCGUAUCACAAAGUUUUGGCUCCACUUUGAUUUCAUCUUCAAACGAUCGUCCUACUACCAGGAGCAAAGAAAAAUGAAGGCAAUAGCGAAUACAAUGAUUGAAGAAAUAAUGUACUCAACUGUUCCUCAAGUUAUCCAAAAACUGAUGGAAGGUGGAAACAUUUCGAAGAAAAACAGUUCGAUGUUGGAGAAAUUGGCCGAGUUAGUGGUCGAGAACCCGAAAGAUUUAACUAUUGAAAAUUGCGUUGAUCAUUUAAUGACUUUUAUGGCCACAAGCCAGGAUUCGCAAAGUUCCGCUGUUGCGUUCACUUGUAUGAUGUUAGGAGCCUAUCCUCACAUCCAAGAUAAAGUCGUAGAAGAAUUGAGCGAAGUACUAAGUAAUAAGACGUGUGUCACUUUGGAUGAAUUAUCAAAACUUAAUUACUUGGACAUGUGUUUGAAAGAAUCAAUGAGAUUGUUUCCGGUUGCUCCUUUUAUUUUCAGAGACACGACUGAAGAAUUCCAAUUGGAAAAUCUCACAAUUCCGGGAAAUGUGACUUUAGCUUUGUCGAUUUAUCACGCCCACAGGGACCGGAAUUUUUGGGAAAAACCGGACGAUUUUUACCCGGAACAUUUCGCUCCGGAAGCUGUGAAAAACCGGCAUCCUUUUGCUUUUCUUCCGUUUAGUGCAGGUCCUCGCAAAUGCAUAGCACAGCAAUAUUCGACCACUUACAUGAAGAUUCAGCUCUGUACAAUUUUACAAAAUUACGAGAUCCAGUGUCAAUACAACACGAAAAAUAUUAAACUGACAACGGAUAUUUCGGUCAGACCUGUACAGGGCUACAUGCUUAAAAUCCGCAAAAGGAGGGUUUGAAUAAAAUAAUAAACUGGGAAAAAUUGUGUUAUUUUUUAUUGUACCCAACAAUGCGUUGAAUUAAAACCACUCGGUGGCGUUCUUUCUCAAGAAAUCACAAGA